AUGUGGCCGUUCAUCAUUAGUCGCUCAGUUCAUUUACAGAGGAGCAUACGGGCCUCGGCAAGCGAUGUCCUCAACAUCCUACAGAACCCCGACACUCUCUUUAGGCUCAGCCCUCUUGUUGUGGCAGUCACUCCCGAUCCAGUUCGCCCAUCGUCGUUCACAGUAACGGAAAAACUCCCGAUUCUUGGCUACUUUGAAUCGUCCACAACGUUCAAAUGCGACAUGAAUGUCAUGGCUGACGGCUUCAUUGCUGAAGUUGACGCUAACGCUGGAACAAGUUUACGAAAUCAACUCACAGUUGUGGAACAAUCGGAUGGGACAGUUCUAGUAAGCGAGAAUAUCGUUGUCAAGGGUGUUUGUAUCUUUAUGCCGUUUAUUAUUGGCACGAUGACAAAAGCCCACUUAUCGCUAUUUGAUAUGCUUGCAAGUAAAGUGGAGGAGCCAAAGAUCUCUAGUCGCCAAAUGAACAAACACUCUAGUUCACCCAUUGUCGGUUGCGUAAUUUUUGUGGUCGCAAUGUUCAAGUACCUUGCAGACUCAAAUGCGAAGCAAUUAUAUUUCUCACUUGCCCUUUCCGUAUUUGCGGUCUGCCUUCCCUUUUGGUCUCUGGGGGCAACGGAUCCUUAUGGCCUCUUUCACCUUUCCUUGAACAAACUACCGCACGAAGAUGCAAACACACCUCCGCGUACAGAAUGGCUCAAUAUGGGAUAUUGGAAGUUCUACCCACAUCCUCACCCCAGGCAUAUCCUUAUAGCUCUUGCGCUCAAAUUAAUUUCAGAAGCGCGGCUGAAGGUGGGCGGCAAAGUGCUAGAUGUUGGAUAUGGGACUGGCCAAUCUCUUGUCCUCCUCCUUUCAAAUGACUCUGUCCCUCGUCCCUCGCGGCUCGUUGGCGUCACGUCGCUGGAGACUCAUUGUGAACGCUCCAAGGGCAGAAUCAUGAAACUCCAGAAGCAAAAUAUUCAAGUCGAUCUCUACUCAGCGGAUGCAGUGUGUGAUGAGAGUAACAAAAGCCAUCCUCUGCACCCUGAAUCGGAGGUUUACUUCAACUCGAUACUCACAUUAGAUUGUGCCUAUCAUUUUGACACUCGUCGCAGGUUUCUCGGCCAAUCUUUCGAGAAGCUUGCCCCCGGGGGCAGGAUUGCGCUGGCUGACAUCUGUUUUGCACCGUCAGCCCUCAAAAGCUUGAAAACACGGUUGAUAACGUCGCUGUUGAGAGUGAUGCCUUCUGCCAAUAUGAUAUCAACGGAAGAGUAUGUUCAAGACAUGCUGCAGAUCGGCUUUGUGGAUGUAGUGCUGGAAGAUAUCACGGAGGAUGUGUUUCCUGGGUUUGUGAAAUUUCUGAAGGGGCGAGGAUGGGGAUGGUGGAUUUUUGGCUAUAUCUUUCAGUGGUACGCAAUAGCUGGAGCCAGGUUCGUGAUUGUUGGCGGUUCGAAAUAUGGGUCAUAG